AUGGAAAUUUUCAGUAUCUUCAAAUGCAAAUCAAGAUAUUGGAACAAAACAUUUAAUAAAUCUAUAGCUUUGCCUGAUGCCAAAUACAUUAGUAUUCUGCACACAUAUUUGUCAAGUCAACUGGCAAAAGGAAUAAAUUGCAUUCAAAGUGGUGAAAUUAACAAGGAUGUAUAUAAAUUAGUUUGUCAAACCUUACUGACACAAAUUAUAAUACUCAACAGACGAAGAUCAGGAGAAGUGGAGCGAAUAAAAAUUGAAUAUUAUCUUAACCGUGACAAAAAUAAAAUUCAAGAAGAUAUUCAAAAGGCACUAAGUUCUGUAGAAAAUCAACUUUCAAAGAAUCUUGUAAAAUUUGAAAUCAGAGGGAAACGAGAUAGAGGUGUACCAGUGCUUCUAACACCUGAUAUGCAAAAAGCUUUUGAUAUUUUAAUAAAAAUGAGAAAGUCUUUCAAUAUUUUAGAAUCGAACCCAUACAUGUUUGCCACACCAUUUACAAUCGAAGGAUCUAAUAGAGGAACUGACUGUUUGAGGGACGCUGCAACCAAGUCAGGAGCCACUUCUCCAGAACUUUUACGUUCUACAAAGUUUCGAAAGCAUGUAGCAACAAUGACACAACUAUUAUGUUUGUCAGAUAAUGAUAGGCAACAACUGGCUACAUUUAUGGGACAUAAUUUAUCCAUACAUGACGAGUACUACAGGUUACCCAAUGAAACAUUACAAUUAAGCCGUGUCAGUAAAAUUCUUUUAGCUGUUGAUUCUGGCCGUUUUGAAGAGCUAAAAGGAAAGUCGAUAGAAGAGCUAGACAGUUUCAUACCUCAAAUAAACACAGAUUGA